CGUAAUCAAAAUGGCGACCAUCGGCAAGAAAAUUUGACAGCCGUAAACUUACAGAGAUGUAGGAAGUAACUGAGGAUUUCUGCACUGGUGAUUUCUCCCACAGUUCAAAAGUACAGUAUGGUGUAAAAGUUUCUACUGAAUCAUGAUAAACACAGAUUAAUCUUAUUGAAUUCAAUGUCUCUUACAUCUCAUUCACGAAUACACAAUACCUUAUCAAGUUACGCUAUGCCAGGUGAAACAAGGCCCUCUCGUGCUAGCAAUUUGAAUAGGACAGGAAGCUAUGGUUUUUCUACCACAACUCGGGGUGCAAGUCUUGAUAGAAGAAAAACCUCUCAUGGUUUGUCAACAAGUAUAACUAGUACUGGGUCAAGGCCUUCAUACUCACGACCUCUACCCCCUGGACCUGGCCCACUAGAUGCCAAUGGGAGGAGAUUGACAGAUUUUAAAACUAAAACAAGAACAAGUCCAACAAGCAGCAGUAUACGUAAUGGACCUUUAAAAGCUGAUUACAAAAGUUCCUAUACAAGUUCUUACUCUGAUGCAUACCAUGCAACAUCUCUAAAAGCCAAAUCUCCACAAAAUGAACAUUAUGGAGUUGCAGCUACAACCAGUAAUUCUUUAAGGAGAAGAUCAUCCAGUAUUUCCAGUUUAAGUGAUGCCACCAGAGACAUGAAGUUGAAUGGUGGUAGAGAGGAUAAUUAUAUAACACCACGGACAAGAGAUAUUGCAGACAGGACUAUGUCUAGGGCUUCAAGGAAAGAUUCUCAUGACAUUGAAAAUCAUACUUCUGACAGUUUAUGGUCACCAGCCUCGCGUAAAUCUUCUGUAAUUGAAAAUGGUAUUUCAUCAAAGUCAGAUAUUGGAAGACCUCCUUCUGGAAGGCGUCGGGAUAGUAACCAAGAUACAUUACAUGAAUCAAGUUCCAGUAAUAGUCUCUCGUCUUUAAAUACCAAAUACUACAGUUCUGGUAAAUGUGGUUUACGUAACCUUGGAAACACAUGUUUUAUGAAUAGUGUUCUUCAGUGCCUUAGUAAUACUAAACCUCUUUUGGAAUAUUGUCUGAAAGAAGAUUAUCUGCUUGAUAAAAAUACUUCAACCAGUUCUCUAAAGGGACAACUUAUAACAGCUUAUGCCAAAUUAAUGGAGGGAAUGUGGAAGGAUAAAGAUUCUUCUGUUUCGCCAAACUCUUUUAAAACACAGAUACAAAGAUUUGCUCCUAGAUUCAUGGGCUAUGCCCAACAAGAUGCUCAAGAAUUCCUACGAUACCUGUUAGAAGGACUUCAUGAAGAUGUAAAUCGUGUCACAAAGAAACCAAAACCUGUCACAAUUAAAGAUGAAGAUUUUCCACAGGACAAAGAUAAAGGUCAAGAAUACUGGAGAGUUUACUUAACUUAUGACAAUAGUCAUAUUGUUGAUAUUUUUGUUGGUCAGUUGAGAAGUACUCUGAACUACCAUGAUUGUGGUCACAAGUCAACAACUUUUGAUCCUUUUUGGGAUCUUUCUGUGCCCAUACCAAAGGGUAGAUCAGACGUGACAUUACAGAGUUGUAUCAAUUUAUUUAUGAAGGAAGAGGAACUAGAUCAUGAUGAGAGACCAACAUGCUCAAAAUGUAAAAGAAAAAGUGCUUGUUCGAAGAGUUUUGCAGUGCAAAAGUUUCCCCAGAUCUUGGUGAUUCAUUUCAAACGGUUCAGUCAGGGCCGAUACAGUCAGAAAGUGUCUACACGAGUCGAGUUCCCAGACAGUUUGGAUGUCACAGAAUACUCAUCAGAAAAAGGAAAUAGCAAAAUUAUAUACAACUUAUAUGCAGUCAGUAACCAUUCAGGCAGUGUACAUUCUGGUCAUUAUACGGCUUCCUGUAAACAUCCUUAUAGUGGAGACUGGUUCCUAUUUAAUGAUAACAGGGUAUCAUCAACUUCAAUGCAUAGUACAGUAUCGUCAGAAGCAUAUUUAGUAUUCUAUGAACUUUCAAGUAGGUCGUCUAGAUUAUAGCAUAGAGUGAAAUGAUGGGUUAACAGAGGAAAACAAAGAAAAAUUAGUAAAGACACUAGAAGAAUUAUGUAUUGUUUCGAAAACAGAAUCAGGUUUUUUUUUUCUCUGAGUAUGACCUCUUUAAAAGAGAAUCAUAAAAAUCUAAAUCCAGAAAUGUAAAAUCAUCUGGUGAGUUCACCUUAUUACAGUUUACAUAAAUAUAAACCAUAAAUAAUUGUUAUGACAUUGAGAAUGUUGGUAUUAAACAUUUUUUUAAAUCAGAAUAUAUAAAACUCAGACUCUAUUGGUUUAUAUUCAUUUUAUAAUGUUACACGAUCUUUCAGUACUAAUGUUAUGUUGCAAUUUUCUGAAGCCUUUUCCAUGUAAACACAGGAAUCAAACUUUGAUAUUGCAUUUAUUGGUAGGCUCCUGUAACUCAAUCAGACUAAAAUGUAUGAGAAACGUUGAAAUUGCCUCAUAGAUGCGUUUCUAAUUUUCAGAGGAUUCAAUGAAUCAAAAUAGAUGUUUCAGUUUUCAGGUCUUAGAAUUUAUGAAAAUUUUUGUCACAAACUAUAUAUUUAGCUAGUGGUUUAAGUACAAGAUAUGUUUAAGUUGUGGUUUGGUGUAGGAGACCCAGACUUUGGAUAACAGUAAGACAAAAAGCUGGGAAUAAUUGUCAAAUAGGAAUGUAAAAAGAGACCAUGGUUGGUUUGAAACCACAUACGCUAGAAAGCUUAACUCAAAAAGUAUUAACAAAUGAAAUGAAUGUGAAUGUUAAUAUUUAGUAGUACACUAUAAAACUUUGUUUAUCAUUUAUGCAUGUUAUUGUUUUAUGUUUAUUGCUUGAAUUAUUAAUAUACCUCUUACAUGUAAAUAACGAAAUGGGUAAGAAUGAUAUAUCAAUAUAUACCUGUUAAGAAGUGAAUGGUUAUAUAGAGUUGUGAUUUGUAAUCAGGUUGUACAUGGUUGUUAACUUACAGUGAAGGAGUAAAUGUGUAAAUUUGCAGUGAAGGAAUAAAUGUGUUCAUUUUAUACAUACAAAUAAAGUCUCAAUUUCUAAAGCAGUCUCAGAUAUUUUACAUGAAAUCCGAGCCACAUGUGAACAAUACUCUAAUAUUUUUGGUAAAUUUGUGAGCUUUUAAAUGAUUAUUUGAAUGUUUUGUUUUGACAACAGAAUAUUACUUACUGGGAUCAAAUAUACUUAACAUGGCAUCUUUACUUUUAAUUGCUUUGUGUUUGUAAACAAAUUAUUGUAAAGUGCAGUGACUGAAUUAUUGUAUUUAAACUUUAAUCUGAAAAAAGUAGCUGUAUGAUUGUAGAAUAAAACUCAGAUAAUGGCCAAACAUUGACUACAACGAACUUUCAGUGUUGUCAAAGAAAGCAAUUAAUGUAGUCAAAGAUUAUUUAGAAGUUUGAAUGUUGAUAACUGAGUUUGACUGUCCUGGCUGUGUAAAAUCUUGUGUGAAGUGUUUGGGCAGCUUUGAUAUUGUGAAAGGUCUUGACUGUUAUAUUAUCUUUCUACAUAUUUGUUUUUUAUCAUUUAAUAAUUUUAUAUGUUAUGAGGUAUACAUGAGAUCAAUAUCUAUUUAAUGUUGUUCAUGAACAAAUAGUAAUUGUCUUUAUUAAUGAGCCGAGAGUCACUUACCAAUGAGCUAAUUGUUACUCAGUGACCUCUUUAAAUGUCAUCAUAUUCGUACCAUUCAUUUAUCCUGUCCAACAGAUUAGGUGUCUGUACAAUUUUAAGUGUCGAAAUUACUAUUGCUCAGUGGAAACAGCUUGAUUCAGGAAACUUUAUCCAAUAUUUAUUUUGCAAGAGUUAUGACUGAGCAAGUUUUGUUUAAACAGUAACACCUAAAAUAAACUGAAUUUCUCUUGAUUAAAACAAAAUUACCCAUUUGAAAAAAACAGUGUUACUGAAUGGUUUUUGGUUUAAAAGAAAAUUUUCAAUUUCAAGAUUCAACAAACAAAAAAUUAUAUACUAAAUAAUCAACUUGGAAAAGUCCUAAACAUCUUGCAGACAAUAUAUAUCUGAUGUAAGGAUUAAACCUAACAUUGAUGAACACCAAAUAAGAAGAAAUGAUGAUAUUUUGAGAUGUCCCUUUAAUUACAGCAUUUUACCAUUGUUAUCAGGAGAUAUUAUACUAUGCAUUCUAAUCAUGUUACAUUGUAUAUAUUUAAACAAUUAUUAUAUUUACCAUGGAAAGUUUUAUGUAGUGAACUUUUUACAUUUUUGUUGUUGCCCCAACAAGUGUUUUUUUUUUACAUUACAUUUAUCAGUUAUAUUUCCAAAACUGUUUUAUAUUUUAUUCAUCAAUAAAUACAUAUUUUCUUAGAAUUAAUAAAAAAAUAACAUCUUUUGAUGUAAGUCAUACAUUUAUAAUAAAAAUAUCUACAAUGGAAGAGAGAUAUAAUCCUUCCUACAAAUAUGGCAAAAGUUAACCAAGACUUCACAAAGUAUAAACAAGGGUGAAUAUAAGUCCAUAAAAUGUUUUGUAAAGAAAAGUUUGCUUUCUGGGUCCAAAAUCCAAGUUGACAAUAGAAGUAUUCCCAGUUUUAAAUGAAAAUUUAUUGAAAAAAGAGAAAAGAUCUGUAUAGAAUUUCUGAUUUAGCCAUUUCCAGAUGAUAGUGCUCUUCUAUAUGAAGUUAAUUUUGUUGUCAUAAGGCCAUUCAAAAAUAAUGUUUUGUUUCUCAAUAUUUUUUUCAUGUACAAAUUAUGCAAUUAGAUAAGUGAUCAUAAGUUAUAACUAUUACAAUAGAAAAAUCAAUACAAACAGUAAAAGUGUAAAACCCUGGUGAAUGUUUUUCAAAAAUCAGAAAUUGCAAUUCAAUCCAACAGGACGAAAAUCUUAUUAAACAAUACCAAAGUUUUAAAAAAAAUGUUGCUAAAUAAAAAGGGUGAGUGUUAAGUAUACGAAAAACAUUUUAACCCCAUUUCAUGUUGGUGCGUUUGUCCUUUUGAAGUUAGGAUUCUUGUUAGUGAUAAUAUUGCAAUUUAUUUGGUUCUUAAGGGAAUUUGGUUUUGGCAAACCUUGAUAGGCUUUUGAAUUUACUCCACAUUUCUGGAUACCAGUUUUAACAGUUUGAUAUGUAGAUAAUUGCCUUUGGUUGACUUCUAGAGGUUUUUAUUGUAUUUUUGGGUUGCUGUCACAUUGAUAUAAACCUCACAUUAAACGAGAAACCAACGUUAUUUUGAAUGGACAUUUUUAUCAUUUGAAUUUGAUUGUGACACCAAGCCUGUGAUAUGUACAGUUAGUAUUGUAGAAAAUGUAAAUACCAUAUAUUUAUUAUACCCAACCCAGGAGAGGGUGUGUAAUUAUUAUUCCCUGCGGUGAAGAUAUUAUAAUGCCCAUCCUAGUAGAAGGUGCGAUUUGUUAACAAUUUAUACACUGUUGUUGCUUGUUAGGGAUGUUUUUAUUUCUUGCCCUUUAUUGAUAUUGAUUAUAUCAAGCAUGUUAUACUAAAUUUUAUCAAGCCAUUUCUCUAAGUUAGAUAUGUUUUAACAAACAUUUAAUGUAGGCAUAUUAACAAAUAAUUCAAGGCUAAAAAUUUCAUAUGGAUAGUUUCCAAAAUUUGAUAAAAAAAUAUUGGAAAGCAACAUUUCUUGCUAUGAACUUGCUCAGAUCUUCUAUUGUAGACAAUCACUAAAUUACACAUCUUUAUAGAAAUCUUGUACUUAAUUAAAUGAUUCUUUGAAUUUUAUGUAUUUGAGCAAUGUUCAUAAGAAAGGCUAGAUAAGAUAAUCUUUUUAGAUUCUCAAUCCUUUCCUAUUCCACUAUUUUCCUUCGAUUUCAUGUUUGAUUUAUUAAAUUUUAGUGAAAAUCAACAUAGACAUUUCUCUUUCUCCCUCUGAUUUUGUGGAAGGAUAGCAAGAUUCUAUGUGGCUCUAAUCAGACCUAACAUGAAUACUAGUAAUAGUAACAAGCUUAAGUUUCUUCUCUAGAUCCAAUGACAUUUGAUAUAAAAUUCAGUACUUCUGUCUAAAGACACAGAGAUGAAAAACACUAAUUAUAUUUUUUAACAACAGAUCAGGUGUAUUUUGGUUGAAAACAGUUAAAUUUAAAAUGAAAUAAAUAUGGCUGAAAUAGAAAAAAGUUUUAAGUGAAACUCAGAUAAUUUGAAAAUUUUAAGAUGGAGGAAAAAAUUGACAAACUUAAAAUACAUCAUACUGAUGUUGACUAGGAAUUGAGUGUCACCCAUAGCAGAAAAUGUCAGUUAACUUGUGUAUUCAUAUUGUUAUAUAAUUCAUGUACUAUGUUACAUUGAGAGUUGAUGUUUUAUAUGUGUGUAUUAUCUACAUUACAGUUUAGACAUAUUGUCAUGUUUAAUACAUAGGUUGUUUGUAAUGAUACUGUUAAAUUAUUGAUCAAAGUAAAGAAAAAGAAUUGUAUUCAAGCUUAAUUUAUUUGCUCAACCUUUUAUUAUUUAAUUAUUAGGUUGUUUUAAUAUUGGUUCAUAAGAAUGUUUAUGACACCCAAAUUUCUGUCUGUUAAUGUUUUACAAAUGUGCAGUUUUUUUAAUAGAUUCACUGUAACAACAAAGUUGAUAUCACAUAUCAAAGUAAAAUUCAAUAGUAGAUUAAUUAAAAACACUGUAAAGACUGAGUUUAAUCCUUUGUAAACUUGAAUCAAUAUUGGACAGACCAGGUUGUAGCUCAGUUAUAAUAAACCUUUUGUUUAUCACUCAGGCUUCAUAUGAUUUAUUGAUAAGUCCCUAUUUGUUUUGAUUAAUUUAUUUGUUAUUGCUUACAUGUAUUUCCUAUGAAAAAUAAACAAGCUGCAUUUAUAGGGCAGUUAUAAAUAAAAUAGUCUUUCAUAAUGAA